CGGGCUUCGGCCGCGGAGGGCCGCGAAGAUGCUCGCUCUCCUGUGGCGGUGGCUGUGCGUGGGCCUGUGCAGCCUCCUGCUCGGGCGGGCGGAGGCCCCGAGCCCCUUGGAGCCGCCGGAGCGGAGUCGGCCAUACGCGGUGCUGCGUGGGCAGAACCUGGCUAACGGUCCGUACCAGGACUCCCGUAGCGCCUGCACUACUCUGUUGCCUGCCAGUUUACUGUUACUGGGCACCAUCUUUAGCAUCCUGUUGGUGACUGUGAUCCUGAUGGCAUUUUGUGUCUACAAGCCCAUUCGGCGUCGGUGACAGCUGAGCGAGCAAGUUCUUCCACAAGUAUUUGGGAACAGAUUAAGUUGUGUUAUGCGCAGGUCGGUGGAGAAAUUGAAAUCAGGACUCCUCAUUGGAAAUGACCUUUGGCCUGGACAGUUGGUAAAUGCUAAAUGUAGAUUAGACAUCUAGCAACUAGUUUUUCCUAACACUGUAUUGCAAGUAAUCAGCCCCUGUGUCUGCUUCUCAGUGUUUCUUUAUCUGGUUGUAGUUGUCAAAAAUAAGAUCUGAAGCACCAAGGAUCAGUGUGAAGAUGGAGUGUUCACAAGAAUUAAAACACAGUAACUCUGUAUGUGAUGUAAAAUGCCGCACUGGAAAGACCUAAUAAUCAUCAGUGUUUGAAAAUAUGACCAAGAGUAAGGCUUACUGUGUAGACGUUCCCAUUUAAGAACCAUCUGGUCAUAGUGGGUUAAGACUCAACAGUGUUUUUAACUAGAGUUGAUCUAGAACACACUGGUUGCAAAGCAGCAUCAGCUAUGGCACCCUCAAGCUGUCCCUGUUCAUGCUGCCUGGAACUCCCCACAGGUGCCCUCACUGAAGCCAGGCUUACAUCAGACGGCCCUUCUACCACGCACACUCUUGGGCUGCAAGGCUCUGGGCCAAACCCGAAAUGUUACCUGUUGGCCCAUUGGAGAAAGAACUCCAGACACAUUGAUCUCACUUGUGUUGUACUACAGUCUUUCCAGUCUGUGGCCUACAACUUGUGGCAGCUUUUCAGAUUUGGAAUCUAAAAGAGUCCAAAGGAGAUUCAGCCCUGGGGGCUUGUGAGGGGAGGGUGCAGGGAGCCUAAGCACAUGCUCGGGGUGCCCAGCAGGUGUGUAGUGUGUUUACAUACAAUUAAUUACAUUUAAUUUCGACUUUGAAAAUGCUGCUGUUAGUUUGCACUGUUGUUGAACUGGAUUUUCCCCUGAAAUGAUGCUUUCAUACUAACAAAGUUGUCAUCACUAUUUAUUUUAUUUUGAUGGUGCUAGUUUUAAUUUUCUGUUAUUAAAUUGAAAGUCUUAACUUGAGCUUCAUUCAGGCACGGCACUGGUUUCUUUAAACAACUUGUGCUUACUGUGAAAUAAUUGAUAUGGGAUGCUGUAACUGUUUGACUUCAGAAUUUUGUUUGAAACCCUACCAUUGAGCCAUUAAAAUGUUUAUUGCUCUGUGCUUGUAAGCAGAUUUUCAAUUAAAAUUAAAGUCCUACAUGCUAGUGUA